GCGUCCUCAUGAAGUAGAAUGUGAUUUAAAAAGAAGUUUUGAGAAAAUUAAAGUGAAUUUACAAAAAAAGAAGUAAAAUUGUUUAAAAGAAGUAAAAUUUUGUGUUUUAAAAAAUGCUGAGAUAUCUUCAGAAGGAGAAAGCAAGUGGCGAUGAUGGCGCCAACCAAGACGAUGAAAGUUGCAGCAGUACUUCGAUGCUGACAAACGAAAAAAAAGAAAAAUUAAGGAGGACUGGUUAAAAAAUCCAGACAUUAAUUCAUGGGCUGCAAAGCGGGACAGCAAGGUAUUUUGUAAAAUUUGCAAUGUGGAGUUGAAGAAUUAUCGGGAAAGUCCGAUUUAAUGGCUCAUUUUCAAUCCAAAAAACAUCAAGAUGCUGCCAAGGCUACCCACCAAACUAAAAUAAACGAAGUUUUCGACAUAGACUACUCUCCAAAAAAAGUUGCAGAAAUAAAAUUGGCAUUAUUUAUAGUUGAGCACAAUUUGCCAUUUGCGGUGUCCGAUCACCUUACAAAGGUAUGUCAACAUUCAUUUAAGGAUUCCAAUACUGCAGCUAACAUUACUCUUGGACGAACAAAAGCAAAUGCUAUAAUAAAAAAUAUUGUAGGAGCAAAACAGUUUUCAGACGUAACUAAUCUUUUAAAAACAAAUUCAUUUUCUUUGUGCGUUGACGAGUCAACGGAUUUAACAAACGUUAAGUCUUUGUGUUUAGUUGUCCGCUUGUGUCUCAAUUUUGAAAUAAAGGAUUUCUUUUAUGGACUCCUUACAGUUGAGCAUGCGGACGCUAAUAGUUUAUACCAACUUAUAGUUAAUCAUUUUAAUAAAAAUGGUGUUAAUUAUAAAAAGAAUAUGAUUGGGUUUGCCGCGGAUGGGGCAGCAGUGAUGACGGGCAGAAAUAAAUCUGUGGCACAACUUUUGAAAAAUGAAAAUAAUGAUUUAUUUAUAAUAAAAUGUGUAUGCCAUUCCCUGGCAUUGUGCUCAUCCUAUGCUUGCCUUAAGCUUCCAUCUAGCGUGGAACCCUUAAAAAUAUAUUUUGCUUUUGCUGUAAAUAUAGAUAAAAUUGACACAGCUCAAUAUAUUUUAGAUAAUUUAAAUUUUGAAAAUAAAAUAUAUCUAUGUUUCUUAAAAUAUAUUUUAGGCAUCAUUAAUAAUAUUAAUAAAAUGUUUCAAAGUGAAACUACUGAAAUACAAAAUUUAUAUGAUAAAAUGCAAAAAUUGUUAAAAACUGUUCUAAGUAAUUUUAUAAAACUAGAUCUAUUAAAAAAUGAUAAAUUCUAUUUACUUAAUUAUAAAGACGAACAAAAUAUAUUAGAUUAUAAUGAGGUUUACUUAGGAGUAUAUGCCCGAGAAGAAUUGAUGGCGUCGGGAUUAGAAGAAACUCAAAAGAAUAAAAUCAUUCAUAAUUGUAUUAAUUUCUAUGUAGAACUUUGUGAUCAAAUAUUGGUUCGUUUUGAUUUUGGAGAAAAGUUUCAAGCUUUAAGUUUAAUAAAUCCUUAUUAUAUUAUAAGUAAUGAAAAAAACACAUUUUAUGAAAUUGUAAACCAAUUUUCACAUUUUAUAGAAGAAAAUGAAAAACAAGAUUUAGAGUCGGAAUUUAGACAACUAAAAUUAAUAAAUUGAGAUUCUAAAAAUGAAAUGAAAUUAUUAGAAUUUUGGAAAAAUUUAUCAGAAAUGAAAAGGAGAGAUUCAAGUGUUUUAUUUCCCAUAUUAACAAAAUUUAUUUCAAAGAUUUUAGUUUUACCACACUCCUCUGCAAAUGUAGAAAGAGUUUUUAGCCAGGUAAACUUAAAUAAAACAAAAACUAGAAAUAGAUUAGAAAAGGAAUCUUUAGAAUCAAUUUUAUACGUAAAAGACUAUUUAAAAUUAAAGAAAUGUAAUUGUUUUGAUUUAAAAGUUGUACCUGAAUUAUUGCAAAUGUUUAAUUGCAAUAUAUAUUUGUAAAAUACUGUAAAACUGUUAAGUAUUUUAUACAAUACUAAGUCAUUAUUAAUUUAAAAGCUUUAU